CGCCUCACGAAAAGGCGCAGGCCAAGGCCAAGGCCAAGCCGCCCCCUCCCUCCUCUCCUCUCCUCUCCUCUCCUUUCCUCUCCACUCUCUGGCAGCCAAAGGCGAGGCCGAGAUCCUGCGCGCGGAGGAUGCCUUCCAGGUCCAUGAGCCGGCUGUCCGUCGAGUCCGCCUCGGGCAGCGGCGGCGGCGGCUGCCGGGAGGCCGAGCCGGUGCUCUGCGCGCCUCGGCCGCGCAGGGCCCAGCAGCAGCUGGUCCACGUCCACCCCCGCGGCGCCGACCUCAUCCUCGGCCCGCCGCCCUUCCUUCUCAACGAGAGCAGCGAGGAGGGUCGGUGCAGCUGGGCGGCGUUCGGCGGCGGGUCGCCGCCGGCGCGCGCGGGCAACCCGCUGGUGCACGACCCCAGCUUCCUGCUGAGCCAGCGCCACCCCGCGGCGGACCCGCCGCUGGAGCUCGGCUUCUUCGACCACCUGAUCCGCACCAGCAGCUACGUUCACCGGCCGACGCCGACGACGUCGUAUACCAGCACCAGCAGCAGCGGCAGUAGCAGCAAGAGUAGUUUUGGCCCGUCGUCGUUCGCGCCCGCCGUGAGGAUCCAGGGGUUCGACGUCGCCGCGUGCCGGAGCUCCCACAGCGGCGGCGGCGGCGCGGGCGGCCGCGUUCUGUCCGCCGCCCGCGCGUGAGCUAGCGGUCGAGCUCCAUGGUGUGGAGGGGCAGGAAAUCAAAGAGGGAGGAGGAAGAACCUUGUGUACAGAUUAUCUGUCUGAUGAGUCGUGUUCGUGUCCGCUGUACUAAUUGUGAACACCACCACGUAGCAUAGCAUAGCAUAUAGCAUAGCAUAUCAAAGACAACUAGGUCGGUCGGACGGUCAGCGCUCGUGUUCUUGUAGCAGUCGAGCUAGCGACUAGGCUACCGCGCGCCAUGUAACGUACGGUCCUGCAAACAAUACUGCACGUAUA